CAGGUAGAUGAGGAGAUGUUCUCUGUCUGCGGAAUGUCCAUCUGGUUGAAGAGUUUACUGCUGGAGGAUCCAGAUCCUAGUGUACGUAGAGAGAUUUGUACUGGCAUAUAUAGGCUCUGCUUAGGUUCUGCAAGUAAUGGUAAAACUGGGUUGGAUUGUAUCUCUCCAGUAUUGAGUAUUCUUCUCCAGUACCUGGGUCAAGCACAGCUCAUGAAACCACAUCGCAGGGAAAGUCUAAUACAGCCAGGUCCAGAGGAGCCAGGGAAAGAACCGUUUGGACCGGCCUGUCGGGACUAUUUCUGGGUCCUCGCCAAACUAGUAGAAAACAUUAAGGAAACCCAGGCAGUUGAUCCAGAAGCACUUGUUCAGAAGCUUAUUCAUGGCAUAUCCACCAGACCACUGUAUGAGAGAAGAAAUGGCGCUAGUGUCGAUGAUGCCCUAAUAGGAAUGAUGAACCUACUUUGCGCUUUGCUCAAACAAACUCCUUCUCUCAAGGUGUCCCCCGCCUGUCAGCAGUUUGUGAAGAAACUGUUCAGUUUCCUCUACGCUCUGCCCUCUCCUGGAGAUAAACUGGUUCCUAAAUGUAAAUCUCCACAGACUCGAAGUGCUUGUUACGACCUGGUGGUUGAACUGGUAAAGGGUUGUCUGGAAAAUUACAAGGUUCUUCACACUCUUCUCAUUCAGCAACAUAACCCAGGGUCUCAUAAACCGUAUCCCUGGGAGUACUGGCCUCUAGAGGAUGGUAGGUCAGAGUGUGGAUAUGUUGGGCUGGUCAACCUUGGAGCUACCUGCUAUAUGGCCACAUGUGUACAACAGCUCUUCAUGAUCCCGGCUAUACGGGAUUGUGUACUGCAAACUGAUGUACUGGGCGCUGCAGUACACCCGUUGUUUGGUAAACACCAAGCGACACUUCAUGAGCUUAGGCGUAUGUUUGCUUAUCUGCUUGAGUCGGAGCGUAAGUCCUAUAACCCGCUCUCCUUCUGUAAAACCUACACCAUGGAUAACCAACCUUUAAACACAGGAGAGCAGAAGGAUAUGGCCGAGUUUUUUAUUGAUCUUCUCAGUAAAAUGGAGGAGAUG